AUGUUUCUGGACUCCGCGACGCAGUUCUGGAGCUACUGGGGCCUCCGGAUCUCUGUCCUCGUCAGUUUAGCGGUGUACGGCCUCCUGGGUCUCCUGUCCGUGACACGGCGGCGCUCGGCGUCCGGCAGCCUGCGGAUCCUCCAGUGGGCGCUGGGGGCCAUCCUCUGGACUUUCUACCAGUUCGCCGAGAUAGCCGCGACGAAUGCCCUCGGUAACCUGUCCCUCUCCGGCGCCGACGCGUCCGGGGAGGAGGAGCAGGAGCAGCAGCUGACCGCGUUCUGGGCGCCGUUCCUCCUCAUCCACCUCGGCGGCCCGGACAACCUGAGCGCGUACGCUCUGGAGGACAACAUGUUCUCCCUGCGCAAAACGGUGGAGAUGGCCCUGCAGCUUGUCGGGGUCAUGUAUGCCAUCUGGAACUACAUAUACCGCGGCCGCAGAAGCAGGGUUCUGUUGGCAGCGUCGGCCAUCGUCUUCGUCGAGGGCGCCGCCAGGUACGUGGAGAGGGCAUGCGCUCUGUGGCGAGCCAACUUGGACAACAUGCAGGAGCAGGAGCAGGACGACUACUCAAUCAAGAAGCCCGCGGAGCCAGCAGGAUCGUCGUCGUCAGCAGGGGUCUGCAGCAGCUCCAGAUCCAGGUCGUCCAGAUCCAGGUCGUCCAGCUCCUGGGCGGCUGCUGUGGAAGUGGAAUCCACGAUCAGCAUGUACAAAGAAGGACGGGCGCUUGACGACGGCGAGGCGCUGCUCCUUGCACAGGAUUUGUUCCACGUCUGGCGUCGUUUCCUGGUGGAUUCUUCCGUUGACCAACAGUCACCCUGGCAGCGUGCCAGCGAGAAGCUACUCUCGCUGCGUUGGAGCAGCAUGUGCAAGGUGGUGGAGAUGGAGCUCUCCCUCAUGUACGAGGUCCUGUACACCAAGGCGACCGUGGCGCACACCUGGCCAGGCUACCUCAUCCGCUUCACGUCGCCUGUCUGCAGCGCUGCCGCCGCAUCGCUCUUCUGGCUCCACCGGGAUCGUGGUCAUGGCCGCCGCCCGAUCGGGGCAUCCUUUGUCGGCAUCACCUACCUCCUGCUGGGCGCCGCCUUCGCCCUAGACGUGGUGUGGCUUCUCAGAGCCCUCGGGUCCACCUGGACGUACGCCUUCCUCAAGAAGACGAACAAUUUGGCGCCGCGGCGGCGGCGGCCAUGGGCUUGGUUUCACCACCAGGCUCUGUUCGCCGGAUGGUGGCUCCGGCUCCACCGCGCCGUCGUCUACCUGGACCCACUGCGGCUGUUCGGCAUCGACCCCGUCGCUUACAGGUUGUGGUCGGGCACCAUCGGGCGUUACAACCUGCUGCACGAGUGCACUGCUCCUCGUCGCCCAUGGCGCCGGUGGCUGGCCACCAAGCUCGGGCUGCAGGAUAACAAGUAUCUGUCCGAGCUUCCUCCAGGCGUCAAGCGGCUGUUGUUUGAGCGGGAGGCCCUCCGGAGGGGCGCGUAUCUAUUCCGUGGUCGUGGACCGGAUGGACAGCGGCAGCCCAUUCUCGGCCGAGAAUUCGAGCAGGACGUCCUGGUGUGGCACAUCGCCACCUGCAUCUUCCUCUCGCGCGCCAUGGUCAGGAAGGAGGUGGCUAAUUCGUCGGUCCACGCGCCGGCGAUCGAGGCCAUGUCCGAGCACCUGAUGUUCCUGGUCGCCGAGCGCCGGCAGAUGCUGCCGGGCCUCGUCCUCCACAGCCAACUGCAGGAGACCCGCAGAGCCUUGGAGGAGAUAUGGAACGACGGCCGUGAGGGAACCACCACCUCUGCCGCAGGAGGAGGACACCAAGACGACGAAGACAAGCUUGCUUGGCUGGUGCGACAGAAGAGGAAACACGACCGAUCCUGGCUGGAAACCCAAGGCAGCAGGCGGCUCGUUCUGGAUGCAGCCGAGGUUGCUGGUGCGCUAACAAAAGGCAGCCUGCGGCAGCGGCAAGUGGCGCCGAUGCUGCACCUCAUCUUCAACGUGUGGGUGGAUAAGCUGCUGUACGCGGCCGUCAGGUGCAGCAGGGAGUCCCAUGCCAAGCAGCUCAGCCGUGGUGGUGAGCUCACCACCCUGCUGUGGAUUGUUAUCCAGCAUGCUGGCCCCUUUCGCAUUGGACAACAAAAGCCCGGUUACCAGCAGGAUUCCAAGAAGCCAGAGCCAAAGAAGGAGGAGGAUAGUAAGAAACCUGAUGAGGAGGAGCUAUAUGCAUAUCCGAGCCCAUACCUGUACCCGUACCCACCGCAAGGGCCCCAAUAUGGGGUGCCCAAGCUCAAGCCCGAGCCCAAGCCCAAGCCCGAGCCCCCCAAGACCAAGCCCGAAGAAGCUGAGGAUGAAGUGGAUCCUGAGGAUGCCGAAGAUUAUGAGAUGCCCAUAAGGUAUGUUACUCUGUAUUGA